UCCAUCCCCUUCUCCUCUCCUCUCCUCUCACUCCCACUUCCUGCUGCCACUCUCACUCCUGCGCCUCCGUGCACGCGUCGCCGGCGUCGCCCGAGCUUCUCCUCGCCGGGAAAGCCCGCCAUUGAGCGGCAGAUCCAUCCUGCUAGCGCUAGCUAGCUCCAGAUCCACGACGCCGACGAAAUAAUUAAUCCACUCUUCACCUCUCUCGGCGGCGCAUGCCGAUGCGACUGCGACGGGAUUACUUCGUGACCGCCGCGGCCGGAUCCAUGCUUUGAGCAAUGGGCGGUCGGGCUCACCUUCCCUCAAUCCAGUCUCUUCCAGGCCCAGAUCUACGACGCGGAGAAGAAGAAAUAAACAUUCCACUGUUCACCUCCCUCAGUCCAUUCUCUUUCAGGGUUCAGAUCCACGACGCGGAGAAGAAGAAACAAUCCACUCUUCACCGUCAGUGUACCAAGCGAGCUGCCUCUGAGUUGCACCACAUUCAGGGUUCAGAUCCACGACGCGGAGAAUAAAUCAAAUCCACUCUUCACCUGCACUGCGAGUCCAGCGAGCUCUCGCGCUGGGUUGCAACACAAUCUGGUUGUCGAUUUGUAGCUAGCUGUUUACUGUCGGUGCAUUAAACAAUCUGACCUCCACUGACAGUUGACUGACCAAGCUCUGAGCUAGCAGGGCCAUGGAGGCGGCUCUCGUCAGCGUGGCGACGGGGGUCCUCAAACCUGUCAUAGGGAAGCUGACCGUUCUGCUCGGAAACGAGUACAAGCGGUUCAAGACAGUUUGCAAGGAGAUCAAGUCCCUCACCCAUGAGCUCGCCGCAAUGGAGGCUUUUCUCCUCAAGAUGUCUGAGGAUGAGGAUCCUGAUGUGCAGGAUAAAGUUUGGAUGAAUGAGGUGCGGGAGCUGUCCUACGACAUGGAGGACGCCAUCGACGACUUCAUGCAAAGCAUCGGUGACAAGGACGAAAAGCCAGAUGGUUUCAUUGAGAAAGUGAAGAACUCACUAGGGAAGUUGGGGAAGAUGAAGGCUCGCCGUCGGAUCGGCAAAGAGAUUCAGGAUCUGAAGAAACAAAUCAAAGAGGUGGGUGAGAGGAAUGCAAGGUACAAGGGUCGUGAGACCUUCUCCAAGACGGUCAAUGCGACUGUUGAUCCUAGAGCUCUUGCUAUAUUUGAGCAUGCAUCGAAGCUCGUUGGAAUCGAUAAGCCCAAGGCUGAGAUAAUCAAGCUGUUAACAGAAGAGGAUGUUCGUGCUUCAGAGCAACAACAACAACAACAACAACCGAAGAUAGUCUCUAUUGUUGGAUCUGGAGGUAUGGGCAAAACAACUCUUGCAAACCAAGUGUAUCAAGAGAUCAAAGGGCAAUUCGAGUGCUGGGCCUUCUUAUCCGUGUCGCGAAGCCCGGACAUGAUGAAUAUUCUGAGGACUAUUCUCAGUGAAGUUAGCGGUCAAGGUUAUUCUAACACGGAAGCAGGGAGUGUACCAAUACUCAUUAGCAAGAUCAAUGACUUCCUACUAGAUAAAAGGUACUUUGUUGUUGUUGACGAUAUAUGGGACGUGGAUACCUGGAAUAUUAUUAAGUGUGCAUUCCCUGCUACAAGUUCUACCAGUAGAAUAAUCACAACUACUCGUAUAAACAAUGUCGCUCAUUCAUGUUGUUCAUCAUUCAAUGGCUGUAUUUACAAUAUAAGGGCUCUUGAUAUGGUGCAUUCAAGACAGUUAUUUCAUAGAAGGCUAUUCAAGUCUGAUGAAGAUUGCCCUUCAUACCUUCAAGAAAUUUCUGAGCGGAUAUUGGAAAAAUGCCAUGGAGUACCUUUGGCGAUCAUUGCUAUAUCUGGUUUGUUGGAUAACAUAGAAAAAACAGAAGAUCGAUGGAAUCAAGUGAAAGAUUCAAUUGGUCGUGCACUUGAAAGGAAUCCCAGCGUCGAAGGAAUGAUGAAGAUUUUGUCACUUAGUUAUUUUGAUAUUCCUGCUUAUCUGAAAACUUGCCUCUUAUACCUGAGCAUAUAUCUAGAAGAUUCUACUAUUGAGAAGAAGGACCUGAUAAGAAGAUGGAUUGGUGAAGGAUUCAUUCAUAGAGAAGGCAGAUACAUGGCAUAUGAGGUAGGAGAAAGGUGUUUUAAUGAACUACUCAAUAGGGGUUUGAUCCAACCUGGGGCGACAGAUAUCUAUGGCGAAGUGAAGAGUUGCCGGGUUCAUGACACAAUUCUUGAUUUCAUCAUAUCCAAGUCCAUAGAAGAGAACUUUGUUACUAUACUUGGGGUUCCCACUAUGACAAUUGUAAACCAAAGCAAAGUUGUUCGUCGACUCUGUCUACAAGGUGUCAAGGAAGGAAAUUCAGCAAUAUUGAUUGCAAAUCUCGUGUUUUCCCAUGUUCGAUCACUUACUAUGGUUAGAGGUCUGUUGGUAAUUCUUUCUUUGGAGGAGUUCAGACAUCUGCGUGUUCUUGACUUGAUGGAUUGCUCUGAAUUGGAAGAUCAACAUCUUGAAAAUAUAGUGAGGUUGUUCCACCUGCGGUACCUGAAUCUCAAAGAUACAAAAAUAAGCAAGCUCCCGGAACAAAUUGGUCGUUUAGGAUGCUUAGAGGUGCUGGACCUAAGACGGACUUCUGUGAAGGAAUUACCUGCAUCUAUUGUGAAUCUCAGAAAAUUGAUGCAUGUACUUGUUAAUCCUGGUGUGAAAUUUCCUGAUGGGAUUGCGAAGAUGCAAGCACUGGAGACAUUGGAAUAUGUCAGAGUCGACAAUCAGCCAGUAGACUUCCUGAGCGGCCUUGGUCAACUAAUGAAUUUGAGGAAUCUGCGGCUUACCAUUGAUUUGAAAGUUGAUUCUGACACUGAGGAUACAAAUAUGGUUGGGGAGGAGCACAAGAAAGCUAUUGUCUCCUCCCUGUGUAAGCUAGGCACCCAUAACCUUCGCUCCCUCACUAUUACUAUUGGGUUUGGGAGCAGCCUCUUGAAUGAGGAAUCUUUGUGCCUGCCUACCCUCGAGGACUUUUCUAUCCGUUUUUGGUCCUUCCGACAGGUUCCGACAUGGGUGGGCUCCCUCAGAAACCUCCAACGGCUACACCUUCGUGUGGAGGGGCUCAAGCAGGACGACGUCUGCACCCUUGGGGCUUUACCCAGUCUGCUCGUUCUGGAUGUGAUGGAUGAAACAGGGUCAAACGGAAAGCUCAGAAUCAGUGGUGAAGUUGGGUUCCGAUUCUUGAGGAUUUUUAUUUAUGAAGGAUGUUAUAAUCCAGUAGAUCUGAUGUUUGGGGCAGGGUCCAUGCCCAAGCUUGAAAAACUCGUGCUUGAAUGUCUAAGCAUAGUUGAAACUAACCCUCGAGACUUUGGAAUCAAGAACCUCCCCUGCCUCAGUACUAUCAAAUUUACUCGUGUUUGUGGCGAUAAUCACAUUGUUGAAGCCGUGAAGACUGCCUUGGAAAGAUCAGCCAGCACACAUCCCAACCAUCCUAGUAUGUUCUUUUCAGCUCGAUUGUUGAAGCUAAUUGAAUAAAGAAGCCAAUAACCCAGGAGUUGCUGCUGGUCGUUGUCCGGCCAGCUGACUCUUAAGUUUAAGAGUGUUCAGCUUGAUUCUUCUCUCUGUUAUGGUACACCUGUGCGUUGUAUUCUCCCCGUCGGAUGAUGUACUAUGGAGUCCGUGUGAUCCAAAAUUGUAGAAUUGGUAAAGACUGCUACUGUACUGCCUCAUGGGCUGUUUGGUUGUUCGAUGAGUUGCAUUUUAUGUAAUAAUCAGUCAUCCAUGUUGAUGAUUUAAUAUUAUUGGGCUACUAUUCGUAGUUGUCAGAACAACUGGUAAUACAUUUUCCUGUUCUCUUUGGCAAGCCA